AUGCCCAAGUUUUACUGUGACUACUGCAAUAUGUACCUCACCCAUGACUCCCCAUCUGUGAGAAAGAUGCACUGCAGUGGUAGGAAACACAAAGAGAAUGUGAAAGACUACUAUCAGAAAUGGAUGGAAGAGCAGGCUCCGAGCCUGAUCCACAAAACAGCGGCUGCAUUUCAACAAGGAAAGAUACUGCCUACUCCAUUCUCUGCUCCUCCUCCUGCAGGAGCGAUGAUCCCACCUCCCCCCAGUCUCCCGGGUCCUCCUCGCCCUGGUAUGAUGCCUGCACCUCAUAUGGGAGGCCCUCCCAUGAUGCCAAUGAUGGGCCCUCCUUCUUCCUGGGAUGAUGCUCCUGGAAUGAGGUCACCCAUGGGAGGCCAUAUGCCAAUGAUGCCGGGGCCCCCAGUGAUGAGACCUCCUGCCCGUCCCAUGAUGGUGCCCACUCGUCCAGGAAAGACUCGGCUGUACAGAUAA